UCGGUGAAUAGCGCCUUCUCUAACUCAGUGUAGAGAAGACAAUGGCGACGUCUCUGAUCUCUUCAGUCGCAGCUCCAGUCUCAGUCUCAUCCUCCACUGUCGAUUCUCGUUCUGGUUCUGGAAUUGGCGUUCCUAGAAAUUCAUUUCUUUCUGGCACUAAGCUUUUUUCAGCAUAUUGUCCUCCUUUCCCCAAUUUGAGAGGAAAUGUUGCCCAGAGAUCUUCGAUUUCCUCCGUGAGCUCAUUCGAUCACAUACCCAAAAGGUUCAGAGAAGAGACUGAGACUCUCAAAUACGGAUUGAUGGACAAUAACAAAAAUGCUCCAAAAUACCUUUAUGGUCUUACUCCUUCACAAAUGGACAUGUUUAUGACAGAAGAUAGUCUCAUUCGGAAACAAUCAAAAAAAGUCACAAAGUGUUUCUGCAGAAAAGGAGAAACGGCUUCUGAGGAUGGCAAAGAUCAACGACUUGAAAGAAUUGCUUCUGUGAUUCGGGUCAUCCCGGACUUCCCUAAGCCUGGCAUCAUAUUUCAGGAUAUAACAACUCUUCUUCUUGACCCAAAGGCAUUUAAGGAUACCAUUGAUUUGUUCGUGGAGAGAUACAGAAGCAAGGAGAUCUCCGUUGUUGCAGGAAUUGAAGCACGAGGUUUCAUAUUUGGGCCUCCUAUUGCCCUGGCUAUUGGAGCAAAAUUUGUCCCAAUGAGAAAACCCAAUAGAUUGCCUGGGGAGGUUAUUUCAGAAGAGUACACUUUGGAGUAUGGAAAAGACACAAUGGAAAUGCAUGUAGGAGCCGUACAGGCAGGAGAGCGUGCCCUUGUUAUUGAUGAUCUCAUUGCCACUGGGGGUUCCCUGUGUGCAGCAAUCAGGCUAUUGGAACGUGUUGGGGUGGAGGUGGUUGAGUGUGCUUGUGUCAUAGAAUUGACCGGGCUAAAGGGCCGGGACCGAUUAGGAGACAAACCAUUAUUUGUCCUUGUAAGUGCAAGUGGGGUUUAAUCACUUAAUGGGAGUUUGUAGUAGACCUUUGAUGUUGUUCACUCAUAAGUCUUCAUUGAUAGAAUUCCUUUUAGCAAGCUAUCCUUUAUAUUGAGGAUACUUUUUUUGAGGAAGAGGAGCUUGGUAAUGCUUAUGUUGAACUUGAAAACAAAUGGUUCAUAUUCAAGUCAAUAUUAAAAAAAUACAAAUAAUUUGGAUUCA